GGCGGCAGUACUGCUUCACCCGAAGCUUCGAUGGACGUUCUUCAACCGCAAGUGGAAGCCGGAGUGGGUGGAGGAAGCUAAGAAGGCAGUCAUGGGGCUGUGGGACGACUAUAAGGAGCCAGCAACAGUGACUGCACCGGUGCCUCAGGAGACACAGCAAACAGCGAAUACGCACUGGCACGACGAGCAGUGGGCAGAGGAUACAGCGCACUAUAUAUUUGGCGAUGAGGGCGAAGAGCAAUUCGACGAGCUGCAGAGAUAUCUCCAUGAACCCUAUCUGAAGGAGAAGACGCAUCAAUUAGACGUCCUUCAGUGGUGGGUUAUACGCCGGGAGCAGUACCCUACGCUUAGCAGAAUGGCCAUCGAUCUGCUGGCGUGCCCGGCCAUGUCUAGUGACUGCGAACGGUCCUUCUCUGCAGCAGGAAGGUCGAUAAGUAAGCUAUGUUCACGCCUCACUGAAGGUACUGCGGAGGCAAUUGCGUGUCUUCACAGCUGGCUGCCCGCCGGCUGGGUACGUACGGAGGACUGGAUGGCAAGAGGAAUCAAUGUUGAAGACGAGUGAGCGCCUCAGCACUACGCCAAGACAUCUCCAUGGCCGCGGGAGACGUUACUUAGCAGCAAACAACACGAUUUAGCAAGAAACAGAUCAGGAAAACGGCCAUUUAGUUCUGCAUGCGGAGCUGCGGAGGACGCGCUACAACGUGCGUAAUAACGUGCUAAACAGCCCGCGGGCGCGCGCGCGAACGUCCGCGAACAUGCGAGCGAGCGUUGAACGAGCGAACGAGAACAACAAUUGCUGCACGCUUUAAGUAGUCUUCGCAAGCUUUCGGCGGAGCCGUGAGAGGCCUGUUUUCCCAUACAAAUUGGACGUUUUAUGGCAUUGAAUGGAGCGUGGGAGGACGCGGGGGAGCUCUAGGGAGGAUAGAGCGGGGUAGUAGUUACCUGCCGCGCAGGGUAGAGGCCACGUGACCGUGGAUAGCUAAAUAUCGCUGAAUAACGCC